AUCCCCUCAGUGGUUGAACUCAACUCCUCCCCUUUUAUUAUACUUUCCCAUACUGCAUUGCGGUGAAUUAUGGACCAAAUUGACAAUGACCUGCAAGGCACGGACGGCUCGGGGAGUCUUGGGGGCCCUGAUGUCCGCAGACGCAUCCCCAUCAAACUCAUCUCCAAACCAACCAUCAGGAGCAAACCUGCUCCCCGGACACAAAGACCCAUGGGCAGGCAGCCCUCCAAACCCCAGGCCGGGGAUGAAGAGAGUUUUAGCUUCAAGCAAGAGGAGAGGUUCGACUGUGGUACCAAGGCUGGGGAUGUGUUUGCAAGUCAACGGAAGUUCCCCCAGCAAAUGUUUUGGGACUUUAAGUUGAAUUUGAUAGGUGAAAAGGAUGACAUUCCAGCACACUUUUGUGACAAGUGUGGUCUGCCCAUAAGGAUCUAUGGACGCAUGAUUCCAUGCAAACAUGUAUUCUGUUAUGAGUGUGCGUUGCUCCACGAGAAGAAGGGAGACAAGAUGUGCCCAGGUAUGCAGCUCUUCAGCUGCACAGACCCGGUCCAGCGCAUCGAACAGUGUCUGCGGGGCUCCCUCUACAUGUGCAGCAUUGUGAAGGGCUGCAAGCGCACCUACCUUUCCCAGCGUGACCUGCAAGCCCACAUCAACCACCGCCACAUGAGGGCAGCCAAGGCCUUGGCAAGCCGCCAGGAUGCCCUGCACCUUCCCCCAUCCACAGAGGUACCUGACCGCUUCCGCGUGCCCCCGCCUCACCUGCCCAAGACCCAAGGGCACCUCCCGCCCCCUCUCCAACACGGGGGUCAUGACCCCUACGGUCAGCCACCACCGGCUUCCCAUGAUGCACCUCCUCUUUCCCAGGAGACCUUCCGCAUUGCCACAGUAACUACACGCGCACGCAGCAACCUCAUCACCGUGCCAAUCCAGGAUGACUCCGCUUCUUCCUCUACCUCUUCCUCCCGUGACCCUCUCCCUCCUGGCCCGGGCCCUGCUCCACCCCCACACCACCAUCCUGGGGACUACCCUGGUCAGCCUGUAGUGUCCCAUCCCCACCACAUGAUGGCACCACCGCAACAGCACUAUGGCCCUCCACCUCCUCCCCCUCCACCCAUCAACCACCCCAUGCAGCACCCGCCCCAGGGCUCUGGGACACCCCACAUGGUGUACAACCAGGCCGGCCCUCCCCCGCCUAUGUCCAACGCACCCCCUCCCAUUACCCCCCCGCCAGGACACAUCAUGGGUCAGAUGCCCCACAUGAACCACCCUCCUCCAGGCCCCCCACCUCAACACGGUGGUCCUCCAGUCAAGCCCCCUCCCCACCACUACAACCCUAACUCCAUGCAGCAAUUCCCUGAGGACCAGGGCACACUCAGUCCCCCUUUUAACCAGCAAGGGGGUCUGAGCCCUGGGAUGUGGCCUGCCCCUCGAGGGCCUCCUCCUCCAAGGAUGCAGGGCCCCCCACCUCAGGGCCAGAUGCCUGGACCCCAUCACCCCGAUCAGUCCCGCUACCGCCCUUAUUAUCAGUAAACUCUCAACUCCCCACAAAGUCAGGGGCAUUGUUUGACUUGUCCCUUUUCCUCUCCACUGGUUUGAAUAAUGUGAACAUGAGUCUCUGGGUUCUGUAUGACUGUCAUUUCUAUGGAAACACUUUAAAGAGACUAGUCUAUGGUGAAUGUAUGUAUGUAGCUGUUCACUUUUAUUGAUAUGAACCUUUUGGACUGUCAAAUGAGCAACGAUACAUUUGAAUCGCUCCUGUAUUUGUCUCCAAUGGACAUUGUUGUAUCUUGAAAAAUUUUGGUUUGAUGACGUCUCAAUAAAUAUUUUCUAACAAAA